CGGGCUGCAGCAGAAGCUGCAGCAGCCGCACGGUUGCAACAGCAGCAGGUCGAGGCAAGUCAAAACCAGGCUCGUUACCAAGCCACGAUGGACCUUGCUCGCGACGAAGCCACGUAUGCAAGGCUACUUCAACGACAACAUUUCCAAGAGACCGAAGAACAAGAACAGCCAACCGACGAAGAAAGGGACAAGGAAGGGACAGCAGUUCUAAUGGAGACUCUGCUGUACACAUGCAAUUGGCAGCAACGUGAACUGCUCGCCAUGCGGCAGGUCUUCAUCGGCCAUGAAACAACGUUCAAGGCACUGAACAAGAAGAUCGCUGCCCUGCAGGCCGAGAACAGCACACUACAUGCCACCAACAGCCAGCAGCAGAUACUCAACGGCCAGCAGCAGACACUCAACCACCAGUUGCAGACAGAUGUCGGCAUGGGGUUGGCACAACUGUCAGCAGCUGCGCCAACGGGCAGUGCAGCGGUAGACUGCGGCCCAGCUUUGGCCGCGCAGGCCAAGCAGCUCGAAGAGCGGAUCAACCACUUGGUCGCAUCCCUCGGCGACAUCAACAAGUAUGCUGGAGCGUCGACAGUCAGCAAUCAGCUGCAGACGCUCAGCGACCGCGUUGACCAACGACCGGCCGCUGCCGCCAAGGAAUGGACGAUGCCGAACUUCAAGAUCGAGAAGUUCGACGACUACCACAAGACUGAUCCGCUGCAAUGGUGGAUGGCUUUCGACGCAGAGGCGGACGUACAUCACACACCCGCCCAUCGGCGGCUUGACGCACUCUACCUCCAACUCAUCGGAGACGCGCAGGCUUUCAUGACACACAUGGCCGUCACGAUGGAAUGCACCAUCGCCAACCUCCACACGAAGAUCACGUGGGAGGAAUUCGAGAAGAAAUGGAAGACUCGUUUCAUGGUCAACAACGACAAACGGCACGCCAUGAACAAGAUCUUCCGCAUCUACCAAGGCCAGCAGACGUCACGGGAAUGGCUGACGGAGUGGCAAAGACUCGUCGCCACCCCGGAGUUGAAUUUACCAUUCGACGCAAUCCGGGCCGAAUUCUUCGCCCGGUCAUACGACGCCUUGACUGCUGCCUUGGGUACUGAGUUUCAGUACGAGACCUUUGAUGAUCUGAUCUCAAAGGCAAGAGAGCUAAUUCAAGCUAUGAGGAUGUCUUUCAAGCUCCCACCGGGAGUCAUACCGGAUCGGCCCAUACGCUACGGGAUCACUCUCGAGGACGGUGCCGUACCUCCGCAUGGAUGUAUCUACCGCAUGAGCGAAGAGGAACUUCAAGUGCUUCGGGCACAACUAGACGACCUCUUGGCCAAGGGCUGGAUUCGCCCUAGCUGUUCGCCAUACGGUGUUCCCGUUCUCUUCGUCCGGAAGAAGAACAAGGACCUUCGUUUGUGCAUCGACUAUCGGAAACUUAACGCGCAAACGAUCAAGAACGCCGGCCCUCUCCCUCGGAUCGAUGAUCUUCUCGAGCGACUAGGCGGCACCAAGUACUGCUCAAAGCUUGACCUCAAGUCCGGAUACCACCAGAUCGAGAUCCAGCCAAGAGAUCAGUACAAAACCGCGUUCAAAACGCGAUAUGGGCACUUUGAGUGGAUCGUCAUGCCUUUCGGUCUCACCAAUGCCCCCGCUACUUUCCAAGCGGCUAUGACGACGGAAUUCCGCGACUUGCUCGACCGCACCGUGCUUAUUUACCUCGAUGAUAUCUUGGUUUAUAGCCGGGCGCUGGACGAGCACCUUCGCGCCGUUUUGGAGCAGCUUCGUAUCGCCAAGUACAAGGCGAACCACGACAAGUGCAAGUUUGCCCAGCAAGAGAUGGAGUACUUAGGCCAUUACGUUACGCCACAAGGCAUUCGUCCGCUCGCGGACAAGGUACAAGCUAUUCAAGAUUGGCCGGACCUCAAGUGUACUACCGACGUCCGCUCCUUUCUCGGCUUGGCAUCGUACUACAUGCGCUUCGUCAAAGGAUUUCAACGCAUCGCUGCACCAUUGUCGCGACUUCAGUCCCCCUUGGUGCCCUUCGAGUUCAGCGACGAAGCCCGGCAUGCGUUUCACACGCUUUGCUUCAAGCUCCCGUCUUAAGCAUCUAUGACCCAACCUUGCCUACCAAAGUG